AUGGCUGCACAAGAGCCACCAUGGUACGCAGCCUAUCCUUCCCCUAGGACCACCGAGCCAGCGUCCGUCUCGCGCGAGGAAGUCCUCAACAUGCUGCGCGCCGGCAAAAUCGGCCAAGAUGUCGUGUUAGUCGACUUGCGGCGCAACGAUCAUGAGCCACUCAACCCCAUCACACAGGGCGGAACGAUCCAAUGCUCCAUCAACCUCCCAGCUCAGAGCCUUUACCCGUCCAUUCCCACGUUAUACCACCUCUUCAAAGCGGCUGGCGUGCGGCAGGUGAUUUGGUACUGCGUAUUGCCGACGGAAGGCUCUUCCCGCGGCCGGGGUACGCGCGCUGCCGGCUGGUUCAACGACCACAUCCAGGACCAAGGCGACGCGGACAUGGAAAGCGUCAUUCUUUCCGGUGGCAUCAAAGGUUGGGCAGGCGCUGGCGGCGAGUUCGUGGAGCACAUGGAGGGUUAUGAGGCAGAAUACUGGAAGCAAUUUCCGUCCUAA